AUGCCAAGCUAUACAAGGAUUCCAAACAAUGACACUGCCUACCAUAAUGUGAACUCAUCUCCAUCGCCAACAACGACAACAUUUCCGUUAAACGUCAUUCCCUCGCUAAAACGAGCACCAUCACCAAUCCGUCCUCAUAAUGCCAUGGAUGAUAUAGAACUAGACUCGGCUGAAGAGGGCCCGAAACGGUUCAUUCGAUUGUUGGGCCUGCCAAAACCAUCUGCAGACCAAAUCAUAGCAACCAGUGGUGAUGGUUCAAAGGACGUUAUUGCUCCAGAGAUCGUCGCUACCGCAAUUACGUUUGGUGGCUUACCUACGACGUUAUUGAAUGGAGAGCCGCUAGUUGAUGUAUUGGAUGCCAAUAAUGAGGAUCCGUUCACGUUAGAGAGCUUUGAAUCCUUGAUCAAGAUGCAUGCAGCUAGUGGAAAGGACUUUGUUCUCGCACGAGUAACGACUGCAGAUCCAUACGACCUCACGAAAUUCUACUAUUCCUACUAUGCUGCUCAUCACAUCAACAAGGUUCUCUUCAGGACGCAACCUGAAGAAGGCCUCCUACACCGCAUGAAGGCCAAAAAUCCUUUGAACAAUAUGACGAUUGUGGGAGACGUACUGUAUUACUCAGUUAAAACAUCUGCCAUGCCAUCUGCAUCCCCGAAAAAGAAUGGAUUCUACAACCACAAGAACGCGUCAGCAACAUCCUUCGAAUCCAUCAUCAGCAACACAUCAACCACAUCCAUACUCCAACGUGACUCUGAACUUUUCCGAAAAUCUAAAAAUAACAGAGACAAGAGUGAAGCAGUAGCUGGACCAGCCGCGCUUACAGCAAACAUUCGAAAAAUGUUUGGAAUGCCGCCUCAGCAAAGCAGAAGGAUACUACACUUGAUUAUGAGACCUGAGGCUUUGGAAAAUAGUGUCACAAGAACUUCGGCAGUAUCAAGACCACCAACAAGACGAAACUCGGCGGACGAUGCCGCCUUUUUAGAUAUACCGCAGUUUGGUCAUGGCUCCACUCGACAGUCGUUGGAUUCCUCGCGACCGGUUUCAGCACGAGAAGAUGGAGAUGGAUCGCAAGAACACCUACAUAGACAUGUCCGCUCGAUCGUAUAUUCUAAUGAUAGUGAUGGUCUUGGCGUCGUUGAAUGGGUGCGUGUACAGAGUCUGCUGGAAGAAGGCAGUCCCACGAAACAAAGAACCGUGGGAGAUGGAAUGCGACGUCGAUCAGUAUCUCCAUCUCGUAAAUUCGCCGUCAACGGACAGCCAAGAACCACUACACCCGAAAUCGAAUCACAGCCAACCACUUUUGCGUCAUCGCAGCAACAAUCUCCAUUAUAUUACGAUGCCCGCUUUAUAGGAUCUGACGAUGACUUUUUAAUGAAGUCUGGUAUGAGGGCGUACUUCAGAGAGAUGGCAUUGGAGUCGUCGGACUCUGUAUUGUUCACGAUACCGAACUCUGUGACUGUUGUAGCAGCUAAUGAUGGCGCAGAACGUAAUGGGGAACAGCAUCCUAUACUUCCUGGAUUUGCUUACGAGGUUCGAGAAAGCACAGAUACUGCUCAUGGUUGGGGACUGAUUGGCUUGAAUGUUGAAGUUGAUCGCAAAAAGACGUUGAAAUGGUUGCUGCUCACGUAUUGUGUUUUGGGGUUCUUCAUUGUCAAGUUUGUUGCUAUUGUUGGGCAAGGAUACGCAAUGCCUAGCUCGCACGCUCAAUUUAUGGCAUAUUUUGCUUUUUACUUGAUGCUACAUCUGUAUUCACGACGGCAUUUCCACUAUGAGAUAUGGACGCAUUUGAUAGUUCUGGGUACUUUUGCAGUUGCUGGUGUUGUGUGCUGGUCACGGAUCGCCCUAGUAUACCAUACAGAAACCCAAGUCCAACUCGGUGCAGCCAUUGGAAGUGUCAUCGGGAUUCUUUGGUAUCUAUUUGGAAACUUGUGGCUUCUACCGUACUUUAUCGACAAUCUCAAAGUCCUGGACUGGCGUAUAUCGAAAUUUCUAAUGAUACGGGAUACAAGGAAACAUGGAUAUGCGGAUCUCUUCCAUUUAGAACAUGCUGCAGUCUUGAAUCAUGGAUCUUCCAACAAGAAGAAAUAA